AUGCUGGGAUCGUCGACGCGGCAAGUCCAUGUGUAUGGCCGCAAGGGACGCACGCGUGUCGUGCAGGAUGCACCGUCUGUGCUAGAGGAACAGGCACCGCCCUCGACGCCGCCGCGCAAGACGACGUUGCCGCCGACGCGCGGCUUAUUUACAGGCGUCGAUUUUCGAUCGACGUGGGACGCGUGGGUGCACAGCCCGCGCGAGACGUUUGCGAGUAAGGUGUCGACGCCAUGGAAGCAGUGGGCGAAGGGAUCGUCGCACGCACGCACGCCGCUGCGGCCCAAGUCCGCCAACGCCCAGGCGCUCUGCGACACGCUGGAGGAUCUGUCGCUCGAGGACCGCGGCGUAGCGUCGCUGUUGCGGCGCGUCCAGCAGUCCCAUCCACUUGACUUUGAGCAGCUCCUAACGGAUCUGGCUCCGACGUAUGAAAAGGUCGGUGAAGCGAGCUACUCGGAAGUGUAUCGGUGCGCGUCCUCCGGCGCCAUCCUCAAAGUGAUACCCUUGGACAUGGGCACAGAGCAUGCCGGCAUCGCCCUGUCGUCUCCCGACAGUGUCGACCGCGAGGUAGCUAUGAUCCAUGCCCUGUCGCACGCGUCUCAUCCAUGUGCGCGCCACUUUGUACAGCUUCAGCGUGCGCAUGUCGUGCGUGGCGCGUACCCCUCGGCGCUUUUGCGCGCGUGGGACACGUUCAAAGCCGAGCAGGCGUCGCGCAGUGAGAAUGCGAGGCCGAGCGUCCUGCCAUCGACGCAGCUGUACGGCGUCAUUGUGAUGAACGACGCGGGCCAGGAGCUGGAGGGCUUGUCGCUGCGCGGCUGGGUAGAGCGUGCCGCGGUGUUUUGGCAGGUGGCGUGCGCGGUGGCCUUUGCCGAGCAUACGUGCUCGUUUGAGCACCGCGACUUGCACAUGGGCAACAUCCUCGUGCGGCGCGACGCGUCCCAGCCGGCCUCGGACGUGGGCGCGCUAUCGGCGCUGUGGCGUACGUACGCCCCUGACCGCACGGGCGUGCACGCGACCAUCAUCGACUACUCUCUGUCCCGCAUGGAGCUGGACGGCCAGACGGUCGCGUACGACUUUUCCGAUGCAUCGCUCUUUGCGGGCCGCGGCGACGCGCAGUACGACGUGUACCGCCACAUGCGCCGUCUCGUGUCCGAGGACUGGCAGGGCCAUGCGCCCAUGACGAAUGUGCUCUGGCUGCAAUUUGUGCUGCAGCGCAUGCUGGCGAUGCAUGCGCCGCCAGACGACGAGCCAGGCACAGCCGCGGCGCACGCCUACGAUCUCCUCGUGCAGGCCGAGCAGCUAGCGCACGAGGCCAUCGAGCAUGCGCAGCGGCACGUACCGCAGCGGCGCGUAUCUACGCGGUCGAAGCGCCGCUCCAUCCAGCGCUCGCACGAUGCAUGGAAGGUGCUGCCCGACGCGCACCGUCCGCGCAUCACGUCGACCUGGACGUGGCUGCAGGCGCUGCUGCCUUAUGUGGAGGUGUCGGAGGCGUGCGCCGACGCUGGGUGGCUGGCAGAGAGGGGCGGCGCGGCUGGUUCGUAG